AUGUUACAUUUCGUCAUUCUUUUGAUUAUUGUUACUUGUAUAAAUUCUAUAACAAGCGAAUGUCCAUGUCCGGAUAUUUCUCUAUGUCAGCCACUUCAAGUCGGACCUCGUCAUGAAAAAGUAGCUUUUAUGUUAUCAAAUUUGAAUUGGCGUUCAUAUGAUUAUUCACAAUUAACAACAAUUGUUAUAUGUGCAAAUGAUUUUGAUCCUCAACUUCUUUGUUUAGCUCAUUCACGACAAGUUCGUCUUGUAUGGAUUGCUAAUUAUGAUGUAACACAAUUAGGUAAUGCAACAGCUCGAACCGAAUGGAUUAAUCUUCACAUUGAUAAAGUAAAAAAGACUUUUACAGAUGGUGUUAAUCUUGAUAUGGAAGAUGAACUUGCCGAUAGUAGUGAGGCAGCACAUCAAUAUACACAACUUGUUCAAGAACUUUCUGACCUCAUGCAUAUACAAGUACCUGGAUCAAAAGUAAGGCUAUUCUACACCGAUGAUACUGUAUACAAUACUAGUAAAAAAUAUAAGACCAACAUUUUUUUUUCUAUGGCACAAAUUAUUUAA